CCCAAACAAGCGAAGAAAUGGAGCUCUUUACCUCUCAGGUAUAUCGAAGCAUCCAGCACUACUGGCGCAGAAGAGCCCGUAGAGGGCGGGAGGUUUCAUCGUCGCCGAGCAAGAAGGUGAGGUUGGUGGCAAGGCUUGGCAGAGGGAGCCGAAGCACGAAAAGACAGCGAGCAUGGAAACUGAAGAAGGUGGUGCGGCCGAUUCGAAGGCUGCAGGUUAAGGUGUUUUCGCCACUCCGGCUUCUGGCUCGGAUGAGGGAUGCAUAUAUGGAUGCGAUGCUGGCGUUGGCUGGUGGAGAAGGUCGGCCGUCGGCUUUGAAUAAGAACAGGAGUGUUUCGGAUGGGCUGUGGGAGAGGAGGAUCCCAAAGGCUCGUCAAAUGAGUGCAAGAAGAAGAGGAGACUUCGACAGGAGGUUCAUGAUUCAUAUAUACAAUUCACUGGUUGCUCCUCCGGAGGUGCCUGGCAAUCAUUGUGUCAACCAAGUGUCUGCACCAAUUUGUGUGAAGUGAAACUCAUGUACGAUUCGAGGCCUCAGGAAAGCUUUCCCCCCCCCCCUCCUUUUCAUCCUUCUCAUGCAAAUUAUUAGGUGUGUUUGUUUGCAUGUAAUUUUACUAAUUACACCUAAGUUGAGUUACUGUAAUUUUCCUUUUUCAAUGCAAUGUU